AUGAAUGCUCUCCAACGAAGUACCUCACAUUCUCACACCCAUCACCAUUCACAAUCCGAUGACUCCAGCUGGUCGUCGUCUUCAGAGAGCGAACCAGAAGGACAUCAACACAAAGGCAAACAAAAACGUCGAAAUAUGCAAAGAGGACACUCCUUCACCAUACUCAACGUCGGCAAGGAUAAGAAUCAGGAAGGCAAGCCAAGCUCGAAACAUGACGGCCGAUUGAACAUUUCUGUCGGCGAGGCUGCCGGCAAUGGAUAUAUGGCAAAGACUUUCGCCCAGACCGUACAGAACCACCUAUCAAUACCACACAAGCAUCCCUCUGAUGAUGAGCACGAAUCCGAUUCGGACUCUGAUGAUCAUCAUAUCAAAACCGACAACGACUCUGAAGAUGAAUUCUCCGACGACGCCGCGUCCAUCGCAUCCUCAUUCCAUGAAACCAUCAAGAGGCCUCGCUUGAAUAUCGUCAUCAUGGUGAUUGGCUCACGAGGCGAUAUUCAACCGUUCCUCCAGAUUGCCCGCAUACUCAAACGAUAUGGACACCGAGUACGAGUCGCCACGCAUCCAGCCUUCAAGGACUUCAUCGAGAAAGAUGUCGGGCUCGAGUUCUUCAGCAUCGGAGGCGACCCUUCAGAACUGAUGGCAUUCAUGGUGAAGAACCCAGGUCUGAUCCCCAGCCUUGAGACUGUCAGGCAAGGCGAGAUCGCCCGUCGCAGAAAAGGCAUGGCCGAGAUCUUUGAGGGGCUUUGGCGAGCUUGCGUCAAUGCUACUGAUGAUGAGGGUGACAAGGCCAAUAUGAAAAUGAUGGGAACCAAAGCACCGUUUGUCGCUGAUGCUAUCAUUGCGAAUCCUCCUUCAUUCGCCCACGUCCAUAUCGCAGAACGUCUGGGAAUACCUCUGCAUAUCAUGUUUACGUUCCCAUAUUCUCCGACAUCAUCCUUUCCUCAUCCACUCGCCAACAUAAAUCCACAAAAAGGCGGCGACACUAGUGUCGAGCGCAUCAAUUGGUUAAGUUAUCCAGCCGUAGAGAUUAUGACCUGGCAAGGCCUUGGUGACCUCGUCAAUCGUUUCCGCGUUAAGACUCUGGGUUUAGAACCUGUCAGCAGUUUGUGGGCACCUGGCGCACUCUAUCGGAUGAAGGUUCCUUACACGUAUCUCUGGAGCCCUGGACUUGUGCCGAAGCCUGAGGAUUGGGGUCCGGAGAUCGACAUUGCUGGCUACGUCUUCCUCGAUUUGGCGAGCGAUUAUGAUCCACCGAAGGAACUCACGGACUUCCUCGACGCUGGAGAUAGUCCUAUCUACAUUGGCUUUGGGUCAAUCGUCGUAGACGACCCAGAUAAGUUUACCCAGAUGAUCUUUGACGCUGUCAAAAUCGCAGGCGUCAGAGCGCUAGUUUCCAAGGGAUGGGGUGGUCUCGGUGGUGACAAUACCCCCGAAAAUAUUUUCAUGCUGGAAAACACACCUCACGAUUGGCUAUUUCCUCGUGUGAAAGCUGUUGUUCACCAUGGUGGCGCUGGCACGGCGGCUGCUGGCCUAAAGGCUGGAAAGCCGACUAUGAUUGUACCCUUCUUUGGAGAUCAACCAUUCUGGGGAGCCAUGGUAUCAAAAGCCAAGGCAGGUGCUCACGAAGCUACCCCCUACAAGAACUUGGAUGCAGAAAAACUCGCAGAAGGAAUCAAGCAAUGCCUGACGGACGAGGCUCGAGAAAACGCAGAGCAGAUUGCCAAAAGCAUUGCUGCCGAGGGUGACGGUGCAGAGAAUGCAGUCAAGAGCUUCCAUCGCAGUUUGCCCUUUGCAGGAAAGCGUAGCAUGAGAUGCUCUAUACUGGAAGACAGAGUGGCCGUCUGGAAGAUGAAGUCAUCGAGUCUCAGGCUAAGUGCACUAGCAGCGGAUAUCCUGGUCGAACAGAAAAAGCUCUCAUGGAAAGAUCUUCGUCUGUUACGACAUUACGAGUGGAAUGACUUUGAUGGUCCUGGAGAGCCCAUUUCGGGAGCAGGCGGUGCAUUACUGAAGACAGGUACUGGAAUUGCUCGAGGAGUAGGAAUGGUUCCUACCAGCGUUGCUAAGAAUCUCAAGAAGCGAGACGAACGUGAGAAGAAAAAGAAGGAAAGAGCAGAGCGGAAGGAGCAGAAAAGAUUACUGAAAGAAGCCGCCAAAGGAAAGAGCGGUCCGGAGAGCAAACAGGAUCCACAGAGACCUUCUGGACCCAGACACACUUCUACAAAUAGUACUCUUGAAUCUGCCAUGUCUGCAGAAGAAGAGCCUCUUGCCCAAGAGCUGGCCGAAGAAUUUGGUGACGCAUUUCUGGAAUCUGGAGGUGCACUCGCAAGUAUGCCAUUGGACUUAGGUCUAGCAAUCGGUCAGGGAUUCCAUAAUGCACCGCGACUCUAUGGAGAUGCGUCUGUUCGCAAACCCAUACGUAUCACUGGAAUGCAUUCUGGAUCGAAAGCUGCAGGACAAGAGUUGAUUUACGGCAUAUACGAUGGAUGGACAGGCCUAGUGACACAACCGAUGCACGGAUGGCAAGAUGGCAAGAGCAAGCGGAGCAAGCUCACCGGUCUUGGUAUUGGCUGUGCUCGAGGUAUUGGUGGUUUUGUCCUCAAGGAUCUCUCUGCCAUCAUUACUCCUCCCUUCUUCCUUGGACAAGGUGUGCGAAAGGAAAUCAGCAAACGCAUCGGUGGUCCUGGCACUACGUCUUUUGUCCGCAGAGCCCACAUUAUCCAAGGACAGAAGGACAUACAGGCUCUGCGU